UUUUAUUAGCCUAGAUAGCUAAAAGAGAGAGAACAGAGAAGAAUGGCGAUCGGCCGUGGGAGGAGGAGGCUAUGGCGGCGGCUGGAGCGGCGGCGCGCGGUCCAUCUCGGCGGAUUUUGAAUGGCAGCAAGCUGGAAUGGAGAGCGCUCGAUCGAAUGUGGGCGUCCAGCAUCGAGCAUUCGUCCCGCAGAAGGAUCAGAAUUUUUCCCUCGGAGCUGCGACUGGGAUUCCUGUUCUUCUCGGACGAGCGGCGCAUUUCCCGAAUAUCGCGUACCGCUGCGUGCAGCCAUCCGACUUGGAGAUUUUGCAAGAGAUCCACGAAGCUCUUUUUCCAAUCAAAUAUGAACUGGAGUUUUUCAUGAGCGUCGUUCAUGGGAGAGGAGUUGUCGCUUGGGCUGCCGUCGACACUGGCCGAUCAGAUGGGCGCGGAGAACAGCUCGUCGGUUUUAUCACUGCUCGAAUGAUCAAAGCAUCAGAGGCCGAAUUCCAGGGGGAAGAUAUCCUCGGCUACGACGUCCUGAAAGCCGACCGUAACUUGCUCUACAUCCUCACUUUGGGAGUCGUCAAGCCAUACCGCAACUUUGGAAUUGCUUCCGCGUUGGUGUGGCAAGUUAUCGAGUACGCACGCCGCAUCUCCUCUUGCCGAGCAGUCUACUUGCACGUCAUCGCCUACAACCGAGCAGCCAUCAACUUCUACCAGAAGAACACCUUCCGGUGCCUGCGUCGCCUCUCCAAGUUCUACCACAUCAAUGGCCACCACUACGACGCUUACUUGUACAUAUACUACGUCAACGGCGGGAGGCCGCCUUGCUCGGCACUCGAUUUUGCAGCGGCAGCAGGGAGUUUUUUGAAGAACGCGUGCUCGUCACUGCUCGCGAUGCUCUACAGGCUGAGAAAUGAGAAUAGAUCGAAGCUCAUGGGACCAUGACGAAGAAACGAGAGAAACUCUUUCCCAGGGACAAAAUUACUGUUAAGACUUAACUGUUGCCUUUAAGUGUGAACGAAGAACCCUAAAUUUUGGUCA